AUGUUGUCCAACAAAAAACCUGCAAUAUCAUCAACAAAUGACGAUGAUGAAGAUGAAUCGUUAGAUCAUGACUUGACAUCGAGUGGGAGUGAUGAUGAAGUGGAAGAAAAGAGGAACUCCAAAAUCAAUAACAAGAACAAUGUGCCGGAAGAUGAGGACGAAGAGGAUGAAGAAGGAGAAACAGAAGACGAUGAUGACGAGGACGAAGAGGAUGAAGACGAAGAGGACGAUGAAGAAGAUGAAGAGGAAUAUGAACCACAAUUGAAAUACCAACGUCUUGGUGGGAGUCUUCCAAAAGAUAUUUUCGGCAUUGAAGGAAAUUAUGCCAGUGCUCUAGUGGUCGGUGAAAAGUUUCUCGCUUUGGGCACACAUUUGGGUUAUUUGUAUCUUUUGGACAUUGAAGGAAAUAACAACCAACAACAAAAAUUCAGACCUCAUGCCGAAACAAUUAAUGAUUUAUCCAUUGAUAGUACAGGUGAAUAUAUUGCUAGCUGUAGCAAUGACGGAAAGGUUGUUGUGUAUAAUAUUUAUUCGGCUCUCUAUGCAAGCAUGCAGAAUCCCUCAGUUCACAAAAAGAUUUUAGAUCCAAACAGUGACGCAAAUACUGUCAUCACAGGUAAUAGCGUAUUGACAACUGUUUCUUCAACCCUAACAGGUGGAUCUGUAGGUACUCAAGAGGGUAAUAUGAUGGAAUUUUUCUUCAAUAGACCUAUGAAAUCAGUGGCUUUGGAUCCUUUCUAUUCAUCAAAGAGUGACCACUCAGUUGUUUGUGGAGGCAAAACAGGAAAACUAACAUUGAAGAAAAAGGGAUGGUUUGGAACCUAUAAGGAAGUAGUAAUUCACAAAGAGGAAGGAGAAAUUCAUGCUGUGAGAUGGUUUGGUGAUUUUAUUGCAUGGGCCAAUGACCUUGGCGUAAAAGUAUAUGAUGUGGUCUCGAAUCAGAAAAUUACCUACAUUCCUCGAUCAGCUACUGCACCAAGGCCAGAUAUGUAUAGAGCUUGUUUGAAUUGGUGUCUUCCUGAUAGAUUUGCAAUUGAUACUAAACAGUCAGAUAGCAAAGAUACGAGAACUCUAGCUCAAUUACUGAUAGGUUGGGGCCAAAGCGUCACACUCAUUGUCAUCAAGGAACGAAAAUUGCCAAAAGAGCAAAAAUCCCAAAAAUUUGUCGAAGUACUGGCCAUGUUUGAAGUGGACUUCUUCAUUUCUGGUAUAACGCCCUAUUCGAAUGAGAACAGUCUUUUAAUUUUAGCCUAUGACGAGGAAGAGCAAGAGGAAGAUGAAAAAAAGAAGCUGGUUGCUCCUAGACCUGAACUUCGAAUUAUGGAUUUGAAAGGAGAGGAAAAAUCAUGUGACGCACUUUCUAUCAAAAAUUUUGAAAAUUAUUUUGCUACAGAUUACAGGCUAGAAACAUUCAAUCCUUCUAAUGCUGCAUCUCAUCAUUUCGUUGAUCAAGAAGAAGUUUAUUAUAUUCUUUCUCCAAGAGAUAUAGUUGCUGCAAGACCAAGAGACAGCGAUGACCACGUUAAAUGGCUCAUGCAGAAAAAUAAGUAUCCAGACGCUCUUAAAUACGCCAAAGAAAACGAAAGUCAACUUAAAAACAUUUCCAUUGUUGACAUUGGAAAAAAGUACUUGCGCCAUUUGUUGGAAAACAAGCAAUAUAAGGAGGCUGCUCAAAUGGUACCCAAUGUUUCUGGAACCGAUCAACAGCUAUGGGAAGAAUGGAUUUACGUAUUUAUUGACUUGAAGCAAUUCCAUGUCAUUAUACCAUAUAUUCCUAUUAGCCAACCAAGGUUGAAAGAUGCAAUUUAUGAGAUGAAGUUGAACUAUUAUCUUCUCAACGGUCCCGAACAGUUCCUUACGUGCAUCAAGGAAUGGCCUCAAGAUUUGUACAAGAUUCAAAAUAUUACAUCGGUAACAAGCGAGAGAAUUGGUAUUUUGGAACAGGAAGCUGAAAGAAAUAGACUCGAUGGAAAAGACCAGGAAGCUCGUGAUUGUGAGAAAAAGAUAUCCAUCCUGUUGGAGGCAUUAGCUAAUUUAUUUAUGUAUGAACAACAGUAUGACAAGGCCCUCAAUAUUUAUUUCAAGCUCCGAAAGGCCGAUGUUUUUGAAUUUAUUCAGAAACACUCCCUUUUUUCGUCUGUGCAAGACAAAAUUGUGGUGUUAAUAAGUUUUGAUGAGGACCGAGCGUUAAGGAUGUGCGUCGAACAUCAUGACAAGAUUGUGGUAGAUCAAGUCGUGAAACAGCUCCGCAACGAGAGAGUACAGCUCUUAAAGUAUCUUGAUGGCCUCUUUUAUUACAAUGUACAAAAUGCUCAAAAGUAUCACAUUUUACAAGUGGAGCUAUAUGCCGAGUAUGACUCAAAGCGACUGGUUUGGUUUUUGGAGCAAAGUCAAUCGUACAAAAUUGAGCAGGCAUUGCAAAUUUGUGAACAACAUUUAGGAAAACCAAUUGAAAAAACAUUUGAAUAUUUGUAUAGACGAGAUGUGCCUCCAGUUUCAGAAAGUACCAGCAAACGAACGAAACCAAUUACUUCAGAUGAUCAAUAUGAUUCAGACUCUGAGGACGAGUCAACAACAACUGCCACGGACGUGCCUAUGGAGAACACAGUGUCGAAAAACAUUAACAGCAAUGAGGAUGAUCUCGUAUUACCUGAAAGAAACAAGCAACUCUAUAAGGGUAUUGUUUACCUAUUGAACAGAAUGGGUAAUACUAAUGAUGCUCUUGCCUUAAUUAUUGACAAAUUAGAAGAUGUAGCUCUUGCUAUAGAAUUUGUAGAAAAACAACCUGAUAGUGAACUUUAUCAAGAUCUUAUCAAUAAGAGCUUGAAAAAACCAAAAUUUAUUUCAGGACUUUUAGAUCAUAUUGCAGAACAUGGUAGUGACUACAUUGACCCAUUAGCGCUUGUGAAAAAGAUUCCAGAAGGCAUGGACAUUGAAGGCCUUAAAAAGAAGCUCACUCGUCUCAUUACCAACUUUUCUCACCAAAAGACACUGCAAGAAGGUUGUCAAGAAAUUCUUCAGGCCGACCUCAAACAACAAAGCUCUCAAUUAUUUAAAUUCCAAAGAAAGGGUGUUCGAGUAAGGCUUGGUGGAAGAUGUGCUCUCUGUGGUCAACGAUUAACCAUGACCAAAGAAGACAAUAUUGUUUUCAUGAGUGGAUUUUAUUAUCAUUUUAGAUGUUACUCUGAAGUUGUUGAUACUGGUGCUUCUUCUUCUUCUUCAAACGAAACGAAUGAUGACAUUGACUCUCCUCAACCUUCCAGUUCAGCCUCUUCCGACUCGAAACCAACUCUUGGAAAAUUGCAGUGCAUCGUUACACAAUCCAGAGAAAAGAAAACUGUAAGGAGAAGGUAG